AUGGGUUCGCCCCAGAGUACCGAACAAGAAAAAGUGCUUAUGUCGGCGGUUGAGCAACUGAUGUCAGAUGAAUCGAUGCCACCGUAUUUAAAAACGAUUGUGGAUUACCUCCUUGAUGCUAAAGAAAAGAUUGAACUUCUAGCUACCGAAAACAAAGAGCUAUCGGCUGAAAUUCAAAAAUUGCGUGAUGAGAACUCUACUUUGCGUCGUUCAUUAUCUGUGGCCUCCAAACCUCCUCCUCAUAUUGAUCUCACAAAUCCUACACAGGUUUCUGAGGCUGUUAAUCAUUCCUCUGAUAGUUCUUGUUGUGAAUCUAAAGAAUUUGCUCGAUCUCUAGUGAUUAUCGGUGUUCCUGAGUCUUCUGAUUUUUUGGUUUCGAAUCGACUUUCUCAUGACUGGAAUUGUAUUAGAGUGCUUUUUAACUACCUCCAAAUUGAAUGUAUUCCUUUGUCGGUCUACAGAAUGGGUAGACCAUCUCCUCAUCGACCUCGGCUCUUGAAAGUAGUCCUUCCUAGCACAAAGUUUAGAGACGAAGCCCUUCGCCGUGCCCAUAAACUCAAAUAUUCACAGUUUAAGGGUACAUAUAUACGGCCCUCUCUGCCCAAAGCAGAGAGGGAAAAGCUUCGGCUCUCAAACAAUCUAGGUCACUCCCCAAAGAACUCUUCCUCUCUCGUUUUUCUUCUAUCGAACUUUUGCUAUGACCUCGCAGCACUAACCGAAACAUGGCUCAAGCCUGUUCAUGAUAGUUCCACAUAUCUUGGCAUUUUGGGACACGAGUACACUUUGGUACGUUGUGAUAGGCCACGAAAAGCCGGGGGUGGCGUAGCAUUUCUGGUCAGGAAAACCUUAUCUUACCACAUCGUUAUCAAAGAAGCUAUCAAGGACUCCUAUGAGAUACUGUGUUGCGAUUUACUUUUCCUGAAUUAUCGCAGGAUUGUUGUGUUAUAUAGGGCCCCGUCAUGCAAUCAAAUUAAAACUCUGCAGCUCUUCAAAGCUAUAACUGAUCUUUCAAUUUGUUCUUACCCGUUCAUUGUUAUGGGGGAUUUCAAUCUCCCUAACAUCGAAUGGACCAAUGAUGAAAUUAACAAUGUUGCUAGUCUCAAUGGAACUAUUUUACAACUUUGCAAAAGUUACAAUUUGAUGCAAUUUGUACCCACUCCCACCCGUGGAAGUCAUACUCUGGAUUUAUUGUUUUGCAAUAAGGUCGGUCUUAUCAGUGAAGUGGCCAUAAAUUCUCCCAUUGGUUCUAGCGACCAUGCGAUGAUAAGUUUCAGCAUCGAUAACCCUAGAUGUGAGCAUAAGCCCGUCUUCAAAAGAAAAUACACCAAGGCAGAUUACAACAAAAUCUGUAGUUACCUAUCGGAU